UUUACCUAGCAUAUCUGAUAUUCGUUGUGAGGUUCCCGAACUUAGAGGAGAUAACUUUAAGAUAUGGAAAGAGAGAAUUCUUCUUCAAUUAGGGUGCAUGGACAUAGAUUAUGCUAUAAGGAAAGAUGAACCGCAUAAGAUCACAGAUACCAGCACACCUGAACAAAUUUUAUUGUACGAACGCUGGGAGAAAUCUAAUCGCCUUAGCGUGAUGUACAUUAAGACAAAAAUCAGUGCUGGUAUACGUGGUUCAAUCGAGCAACAUGAGAAUGUCCGUGAAUUGCUAAAGGCUAUUGACGAGCAAUUCGUCACUUCAGAUAAAGCCUUGGCAAGCACCCUAAUUAUGAAGUUCACAUCCCUGAAGCUCACCGGUGUAAAAGGUGUGCGUGAACAUAUCAUGGAGAUGAGGGACAUUGUGGCUCAAUUAAAGAAACUCGAGGUAGAAAUGUCUGAAUCUUUCUUGGUGCACUUUAUCCUUAACACUCUUCCACCUCAGUAUGGACCUUUCAAAAUCUCUUACAACACACAUAAGGAUAAGUGGUCUAUCAAUGAAUUGAUGACCAUGUGUGUUCAAGAGGAAGGAAGGUUAUUGAUGGAACAGGGAGAAAGUGUCAUGCUGGUGACGCAAAGGAAAGGAAAGAAAGGAAAACCUCAAGCUAGUCAGAAAGGAAAGCAACAAAUUCCUCCUAAAUCUGACAUUAAGAAAGACGAAAAGUGUUUUUUCUGUAAAAAGAAAGGACACGUGAAGAAGAAAUGUCUGAAAUUUCAGAAUUGGCUUGAGAAGAAAGGGUAUGCAAAACCUAAGGAAGCCAGUGACAAGUGAGCAAUUCAUCUUAUCCGGAAACAAGAUGGGCUCGCAUGUGGAAGCAAUAGGGACAUGUUAUUUAACUUUAAAUAGUGGUUUUGUUUUAGAAUUGCAAAAGACUUUUUAUGUACCAAGUUUCUCACGAAACUUGA